AUGAGUAAAGCACUCAGCCAAAUUUCCAGGUCACCUUUCAUGCGUUGGAAUGAGGGAAGGAGACUUCCUCCGUGGUUCACUCAGCCCACAUUCACUAUGUACAAUGGUCGAACAGACCCUGUGGAGCAUGUCAACCACUUCAAUCAAAGAAUGGUUGUGCACUCCAAGAACGAGGCCUUGAUGUGCAGAGUAUUCCCAUCUAGUUUUGGGCCUAUGGCGAUGACGUGGUUUGAUGGUUUGAGGGCAGGUUCCAUUGAUUCCUUCAAGGAACUCACUCAGGCAUUUGGAUCUCGCUUUAUUACGUGCAACAGGAUUCCUCGACCUUUAGCUUCUUUGUUAUCCUUGUCCAUGAAAGAGGGAGAGACCCUGAAAACAUAUUCGGACAGAUAUUGGAAGAUGUUCAACGAGAUAGAUGGUGAUUUUGAUGAUGUAUCCAUCGGCACUUUCAAGCUCGGCCUACCUACCGAGCAUGGCUCAAGGAAGUCUUUGACUGGGAAACCUAUUACCUGUAUCCGCUAG